CUGUGGUAUGUUUGUGCUAAUCAUAAACUCUUUCAGCUUAAGUGUGUCCUUAAAACAUGCCCCGAAGUAUUUAACGAUGAAGAGGCUCGCGCCGCACACAGUUUAUCUCAGCAUGGUAUCGAUAUUCAAGAGGACGUCUUAGCCAGAAUACCAUCGCUUUUCCAGGGCUAUAGUUGCAUCCCGUACACGUUUAAUCCGGGAAUGGUCUUUGGAGAGCACUCGCACAAUGUUGACAAAAAGGACGUUGUUGUCUCCGGCGAACUGGAAUUCACAAUGUAUGGCGAGACGGUGGUUCUGAAAGACGGGGACACGUUAGUCGUGCCUAAGGGUGUCCGACACGCAGCUAAGGUCGUUGGGUCCAGACCUGUGGAAUUUUUUGAUGCUACCAAGAAUUAA